AUGGCUCCUUCCAUCUCAAACCCAACGCCUGCCCAGUGCUUGAGCUUGUUACCAAAGCUGAAUGAUGCAGACGCAGACAUUCGAUAUAUGUCACUCAACGACCUUUACAGCCUAUUGACUGCGGGUGCCUCGACCUUUUUGACCAGUGAGUAUCAUACUAGUGCCAAGAUCAUUGACGGGAUCAUACAAGCACUUGAUGACCAGAAUGGCGAGGUUCAAAAUCAAGCUAUCAAAUGUGUAGGGGCUUUGGUCUUGAAACUACCGGCCGAUAUUCUUGCUCCUUUCAUACAUCGAGUGUCCAAUAUCAAGACGACUCAUUCUGUCGACACCUCUAUUCCAACCACUGCGCUGCGGACAUUUAUAACCUCGUUCCCAUCCCCUCUACCAGGACUGCCGCCGCCGGAUAAAACGAGCGAAGCCUAUUUGGCUAUUAGCACAGUCAUGAUCCCUCGGCUCCUAGGCUAUCUGGUGUUUCCUCCUCCGCAGGUAGGCCUUCCUGCGCCACCCCCAGGUAUGCUCGAGAUCGGCUCCCCGAAAGGUGUCAAUAGCGACGCCGUUGACGUGCUUGUCGAAAUCAUUCGUUGUUUUGGUCCUAUGUUGAGAGAUGCGGAAAAGCAAGCGUUACAGAAGACGCUGAUGACCAUACUUUAUGAUGGACGCACAGGAUCUGUGGUUAAGAAAAAGGCCGUUGUGGCCAUCUCCAUUCUCUGUGUUUACAUGCAGUCUACCCUUCUGAAGUCCCUAGUAUCGCAAGUAAUCGAAGCCUUCAAAGGCCCUGGCCUGACGAUUGCUAAGAGGCGCCUGCUCCUCACUACAAUUGGUUCAAUCUCGAGAUCGGUGCCUCAAAGACUUGGACCGCAUGCAAAAAGCUUAAUGCCCUUCGUUCUGACUCCGCUAAGUGAGCAGGAGUUUCAAGAUGCAGAUAUAGAUCUAGAGGAUGGCGAGCCAAAUGUUGAAGUUGAAGAGUUACGGGAGGCAGCUCUAGUUGCUCUUGAAGGUUUCCUUACGUGCUGCAGUAAUGACAUACGUGAUUUUACAAACGAAUCUAUCGAUGCCGCAGUGAGGUACGUAAGCUAUGAUCCUAACGCUGCAUCUGAUGAAGACGACGAGAUGGAUGGGGCACAUGAUGAUGAGAACGAAGAUGCAUAUGACGGUGGUGAGGAAGACUUUGAGCAAGACGUUGCAUUCAGCGAUGAUGAAGAUGCAAGCUGGAAGAUUCGUCGUUGUGCUGCAAAAGCUCUUUUCGCUAUUAUCUCCACCCGCAGCAAUGGAGAUCUCCUAGAGAGUGGUACAUUGUACGAUAAGAUAGCUCCAGUUCUUGUGAAACGUUUCAAGGAGCGGGAGGAGAAUGUCAGACUUGAAGUAAUUGUCACACUGGCGCUUCUUAUUAAGAAGACAGGUGAGAGCUCUGCUGUAGGGACUCUGCCUGUGAUUGACAAAAGCAUGGCUACCACUGAUAGCCGUCGGUCAAGAAAGAGACGGCGUGUCGACAGCACUACUGAGCCUCCUGAUGCAGCUGGAGCAUUUGCAGUGUCGCUAGGUCUCAAUUCUCCAGCUGCAUCUCCGUCCCCCGUCUCUGGUCCCCGCGCUGAGCUCGCUCGCCUCAAUGCUGCAAUAGUAAAGGGCGUCUCACAAUUACUAAAGCAAUCGUCGAUUCCUACAAGACAAACGGCUAUUUCGCUACUACGAGAAUCAGUCCUGGUUCAAAACGGUGGGCUUUCGGACCAUCUCAGCAAGAUCAUAGACCCUCUCCUGGAUAUAAUCAGGACUGCAUCCAACGCCCCUACAGGCUCCUCUUCUACCGCAGUUGGGGGGUAG